CUAUCGAAAAAGUGAAUGAACUAUAUACAAACCGUGAAAAAAUGAAACGUCGUAAAAAGAAAAAAACAGAUGAAGAAGAAGAGAUUGUGUCAUUAGGUAGUAGUUACCUAUUUGAAGACGAGAAGCUGACCAUUGUGCAAAGAGUUAAGAAAUUACUCGGACUAUUAAAAGAUGAAGGUUCAGAUUCAGAAGAGGAUUCUUUGAAAGCAAGAUCAGACAAAAGCGAAGAUGUCGUGAAACGUAGUACAUCAAUCGACGAGUUCUCUUUACCGGACGUGAAAAUUUGUGACACAAGUCAAAUUCGACAAUUGUCAGAAGAAUCCAAAGGAUCUUCUGGUUCUCCUAAACUUGGUGAUUCCCAUUCUAAACUAUCUCUGUUGCAAGAUUCUCCAGGAAGGACUCACGACACUCUAUCGAAACUGUCACUACUGCAGGAUUCGCCUCCCAACUAUGGAGUCUCUCUCCUAGAAGACACUCCGCCUCAUCUUAAAAAAUCUCCACUGGGAAGCAAUGAGAAACGACAUCUUGGAAAACUUACAUCGGAAUCGCAAGAAUCUCAUGAUUCUGAUCCCUCGGCGAAAAAACAAGAUUCGCUGGAUUCUGAGAAGGGCCAACAAAUUAUGAGACAAAAAUCUGAUUCGCAAGAUUCAGACAAUGAGAAAGUGAAAAAAGCCAAAACAAAUUCUCAAGGAAAUGAAAACAUUCGAUAUAAAAAACAAAAAUCUGAUUCUCAAGAAUCAAAUGAAUCAGAUAAUGCUCCAAAAGCGAAGAACAAGAAAACUUUCGAGCCUCAAGAAUCAAAGUUAACCCGCAGAGAAUCUAUAAGUGGUGGGCAAACAGCAAAAGAAAUGGCCCACAGAUGGGGUAAAUCUCCGAUGGUUAGAACGAAAAAUACAUCAAAAACUACAAAAUCAUUAGAUAUCACGCCAGAUUCUAAUUCCUAACAUAAUGCAAUUCUGUAGAAGACAGUUUAUUUCCUACUGAGCAUAAGUAAUUCCUGAAACAAAAAGUAACGCACCAUCUCUCUUGUUAUUUACUUCUUUCGAAUUCAGAUAUUCAGUCACUAUUCCGAUAUUUUAAAUAGAUAAACUUUAGAAUUUGGGGGAAGGGGUCUUAACUAUAAAUAAAAACUAAAUAAAGAUAGGAAGAUGCAAUUUUCUUGUUCGACAGCGCAGUUUUUUUAAGUUGAAGAAAUUUAAAAAUAAGCUUCUUUGCAAUCUCAGCUGCUACACAUUCUAACUAAUUAGAACUCUUAGAAAUAUUAUUUUAUCUGUAAAUAAAAUUUAUAAAAUAAAGCAUAUUUCUUCUGCUUUCAAAUGCGAAUGGAAUAAUUACAAUUCCCAUUAGAAGAUGAAAUUUUUUGUUGAAUUAUUGAACUUAUCAAAGUGAAGGAAUGGUAAAUACCUGAUACACAGUUUUCAAGAAAGGCGACCACAGUCUUUAAUUACUUAAAUACUAAUAAUAAAAAUAUAUCUCCAGCUACAAAGUUUUUAAAAUAAAAUAGAAAAUUCCAUAAAAACGGUUUCAAUAUUGUGAGUGAGGGGCUUCUGGAGGAAGGAAUAUAUAAGAAAUAUACAAGGCGUUUAGCAAAAGACGAGGAAAACUUGAGAAGGUAGUAGAACACACCAAAACAAUUUCUUUUUUGUAACAGAAUGCAUAAUCGGAAAUGAAAUGUAAAAGCAUUAGAGGGCACUUGCUUGUCAACACGUCGCAAUCCUAAAUGCGCCGAAGCUUCAGCUUCUGAAGAGAUGAAUAAGUAUAGUUCGACGGUCUCAUCCGCGACUAUGAGCGCAAACACGCAUGCGCCAUUCGGACCGAAUUAUUAUCAAAAUAGGGUGGAGCGAUGGGGACUUUCUUUCCAAAGAUGAGAAGACCCCGCCCCUUUUGGACGAGUCUGUGUGUCUUGGCAGAAUGCCAACCAGGGUUGCGCUUGAGACGGUAAAACUAUACCCAAUUGGCCAGAAAACGGGUAUAUAUUUUCCGCCUCGAAUGCCAUAUUUUCUUCAUACUGCAGGAUAUUUUGCUAGAUUUGCUGAAGGAUGAUUCAGCAGAGUAUGUGUUCCACCAUGACAGAAUACCAGAGCAUUUCUGACAAGAACGCAUGGAAUUAUUUGGAAGUUUCCUUACUGGGUUGCUGGAUUGGGCAAGGAGUCAACAUUUAGGAUCUCACAAUCGCCCGCUUUGCCGUGUUUGGAUUUCUUUGUUAGAAGGUUCUUAAGAACUUCAUUUAUGAAACUUCUCUUGAAUCCGAAGAGGAACUCAUCCCAGAAUUGCGUCAGUACUGCAGCUGCAUGCGAUAUAUCUGGUAUGUUUGAAAAAGUCAACCAUUCCCUUCCUUGACGUAGGCUCACCAGCGACCUAACGGUAAAAUCGUUGGACAUUGGGAGUUCGACUUGAGUUCAAAUCCGAGCGAACGGGCUGGCUGCAUGAUUUUACUCACAUGUAAUGUGAUUAUGAGCAGUUUCCCUCAGAAAGUCCUCUACGAAGGCAUACUUAACCUGAGGCAAAUAGUCUCGCGUUUUUUGCUUUAAUCAAACAAACUAUAUCUUAUGCGCAAAGGCGUAGCUAGGGUUUUCAGCGCCCGGGAACAACUGAAGAUUUUGCGCCCCUGUCUCUGUGCCACGAACGGAAAACAUUUCAUUCUAAAAUUUCGUAACAUCAAUUUGGCGCCCCCUGAAUGCUGCGCCCGGGGACAAAUGUCCCCCCUUGCCCCACCCUAGCUACGCCACUGCUUAUGCGGAUGUUACGUCUUACUCUUUUAAAAAAUACUGCAGUUAUUCUGGAAUUAAAUUCUGUAUCAUUCUUGUGUUUAACUUGUAACCCCCAUGGCUUGUGAUUUGACCCCCUUGGCUUCACAAUCAAGCACCUUUACGUUUUAUUUUCGCCUAUGCAUUCUAUGAUCUUCCCCCCAACCCCUCCAAAAAAACUUUUCUCCCCAUUCUCCUAAAGUUAGCCCGUCUUUCUUGAAACAUACUAUAUCUGUACAUAUACAUAUAGAAUACAUAUAUUCGAUACCAUUUUAUUGUAUGCCCUUGCGGGAUUACCGAGAAAGCUUCCCCCUAUUAAUUUUAUUUCCUUUCAAGACCUUAUUAUGAAGGAAAAUUCAUCUUAUGUUGGAAUCGGAAAUGUAGCUGGAUUUUUGUACGCUUUCCAGUUGCCCCCUGAUAAGGACCACAAAAACAUAUCAAAAUCCCUUUGUUCCUUUGUUUUUCGUCACUCUUUAUUUGAAUUUUUUAGAAUAUUUUGUUGCCAAGUAAAAGUUUCUUUUUUAGUUGCUCUCCAUGAAACGGUGAAUUUAAUUUAGCAACUUGUAGAGUUCACUAGAUUCACUUUUGUGUGGAAACUGGAAUAGUAGUAGCUGCACAUGAGAAGGCUUGAAAGCAGGGCUGUGGAGUCGGUAGGGAAAAUGAAAGACUCCGACUCUGACUCCUGGAAUUUUUUACUCCGACUCCCUCAUAAUAUGUUAUGUAAACAUAUAAACAUGGGUUACAACUUAUUUUAUCAAUAUAAAAGAAGUAAUAGAUGCUACAGAAAAAAAUUGAUGGCAUAGCAAAUUAUUUAUAUUAAUUAGCAUUUAUUAUGAAAUGGAAAAGCUGGCAUUAGUU